UGAUUGUUUAAUUAAUGCUAUGAUUAUAUUACUUACUUACUUUUAAUCAUGACGACGGAAAAAACAGGAAUUUAUCAUUGGAAGUUGGGCGACAUUUCUCUGGCGAGAGUUUGCAAAAAAGUUUAUUCGAAUGUGCAAGUUGUGAAGGACGAGCGUGGAUUGUUUUAUGACGACAAAGUUCUAGGCAUAUCAGCUAAUGAAGAUGGAUCUCUUGAAGUGACAGAGGAGCUGUGCUACUAUGUGGAGACCUGUAACACCAAGAACAGGUUCUGGUUGCCAUACACCUGCAUGUUCCUGGCUGAGAGGUCCAGACCUUUCUAUGGACCUGCCCAUAAGGCUCCGAAGAUCUCACCUCCAAAAACUGCUACAGUUCCUAGAAAGAGAAAAAUUAAAGAAGAUCUAACAGUACCAUUGAACGUAAAACUCAACAAGAAGGAACCAGACCUCAACGUAACCUAUGACAUCACACACACUCCGUUAAAACAGGGGCGAUACGAGAAUGCAUUCAAAGAAUUUAUACGGAGAGGAAAGGAACUUCUGUUUGACGAAUACUAUGAGUAUUUACAAAGAGACGUUGACACAAAUAAAGAUUGCUUAGAUUAUUUAAUGAAUGUUGAUGCAAGUACGGAGGAUAAGUUUGAGAUGGUGAUUAAAGCUUCGGUUACGGAGAAGGAGAUUGAGAACUAUCUGCGUCAGUGCUGGAGAUAUAACUUUGUUCACAAACAGAUGAAUAUGUUGGAUCGGAGUAAUGAUGCUUCGGACAGCUCGAACUCGUCAUCACCAACAAAGCCAGUGAUCACAUUACAUACUCCGUGGUGCCUGGUCUGCGGGAAGGGCGACCGUCUGCGAGACUGCCCCAACUGUCCAUCCGCCUUCCACCUCGCUUGCAGGAGAGAGUGGCUGGUCACUAUCAUACAUCGCAAGAAUCCUCCAAAGAAGCCGUCUAAGCCGGUGACUCUGGUGGAGAAGAUACUGUCCAGUACCCGCACUAUAUGCAGCGUGAAGAAGGAGAAGGAGAACACGGAGCUCUGUCCCAGCUGCAUGUGGGGACCGCGCGUGGGUUACGACGACGUAGUGUGGCACAAGCUGGGCCCGUGUCCGUGGUGGCCGGCGCGGGUGCUCACUCCGGGCGCCACGCCGUCCUGUCUGCUCGCCAGGAACCAUUCGCCGCAUCAUUGGCCGCUCAAGUACUAUGGUACCCUAAACCACGCUUGGGGAGAGACGUCCCGCAUGAGUCUGUUCCUACCGGCGCAUGCGCAGACCACGCCCCGCGACGAAAUGCUCGCCAAAGCUAUGUUAGACGCCUGCGACGAUUACAUCUCUGUAUACCUCACUUAGGUAAGGAGGGGUGAAGGUAACGAUCACAAUCAUGUUAAGUAUUCAUACUAGUUAUUUUGUUUUAUUUUUGUUGACUAUUUUAUUAGGAUUUUACAAAAAAAAGGUUAAAUUCAUUAUUAUGUUAUUGGCUUACUCGUGUAACUGUUUGACGAGGAACUCGACUAGUUUCAUGAAUAUGAGCCUCUAGCAUGUCUUGAAACUAGUAGAGUUCCUCGUCAAACAGUUACGUGAGUAAGCCGUUAACAUAAUAAUUAAUUUAGUAUGUCUCACGAAAGUUAAAAUAAGGUUUAAUGUUGAAAAUAUUGUGAUCUCAUUUUUUAUUAUAGUUUUAGCUACUUUCGUUGUGCAAUAAAAUUAGGACCUGUAGCGUCAUUAAUAAAAUGACUAAGUAAGAUAAUCAUUGAAAUAGAAUUUAUAAAUCAGCUUUAAAAUAAUUGUUAGCUAUAUAUGUUAAACAAAUGUUGCUUAAUUUUAAUUAAAAUUGUGAAGUACCAAGUGGUAUUUGUAAAUAUACAUAUUACCUAGGGUAAAUAGGUACCUAAAUACCUAGAUAUUUUUUUACUACAUAAAUGUAUCUCUCAUACAUUGGUUCGUAUAUGUUCAGCUGCUAGUUUCGAUCGGACUAGCCUGUUUCGCAGGAGAUAUUAUAUUGCCACAACUGCCAGAAAACACUAAUAAUUAAAAUAUAUUCUAUACCCUUCUGUGAUUUGGUAAGAAGAUACUUCCUCGUAAGAGACUAGAUGCAGAAUUCUCAAGUUAAAUUGUUGGUAAAUAAAACUUAUCAUUAGUAGUUUGUGAUUAGACCAGUGUUAUUUUUUGGUUUGAUGUCGGUUUUUCAUUUUUAAUGUCUCAUCGGAUUAUAUGGGUGUUUUUCCACCAGAUAUGUGCUAUAUAGCUAUGCUACAAAGAUAUACUACGAGCUAAGCUGUGAAACGAUGUGACCGUUUUCACUAAUACUAAGCUAUGUAACUGUGCGAGGAAGAUGCACAGUGCGAGUAUGCAUUGUCCUUUCCAUAUAAAAACAUAGUUUAGCUGAGUCUGUUUCGCCAGUGCCAAGUCAAAAAUGUCUACCAAUGAAUAUGAUUGAUGAAAGCCAAACGCAUCCACAGCAACGUAGCCUAGCACAUCUCUGAUGGAAAAACCCCCUAAUGGGUGCAGAGAGCGAAUCAUUUUUGGCACGCAUACUUGUACAUUAUAAUAUCUCCUGCAUUUUUAUACUUAAUAGCUAUUAAUAGUUAAUUAUAAUUAAUAUCUGCAUAAUUAAAUCUAGUUUGCAUAUUACACGCGUCACAUGCUUACAUGUGACUUAAUUUCUUACCAAAUCAUCGAGGUAUCAUCAAAAUUUUAUUUCUAUCCAAUUUACUUAUCACUAAAUCGAAAUCCGAUAUACAAAAUUAUGACGUCAAAAUAAGAUUAUGUACAUGCGAAAACCGUUUAAAAAACGAUCCAUCAUAUUUGGACAGCGGCUUAAGAUGUUCGUGAUAACUCACUUAUAAUUUAUACGUGACAUAAAAACUAAUGAAUACCUAUAAAUUCAUUAUACACGGUGUAACAAAAAGGGGGUACACAUAUCAAGUGCACGGUUUCUAGAUAACAUAACAAACGAUACGGGAAGGGUUUUUUCAACUCAUGUUUUCAUGGAACGAAGUUAUGAAUUUUUUCAAUACAUAAAAUUUCAGAAACCGAACAUCAAAAUUAGGUAGAUACCUACAGGUACUAGGCGAUCAGAUUUAUACAGAAGAAAUGUUUCGUAAUUAGCGAGUGACCCCUGUAGUGUUGUGAUACGUUUGCUUGUAUGAUUUAAAAUCAAGAACCAUGCGACACCAAGUAUUUGGUACCAAUUUUUUUUAACGUAUUUUGAGCUGAAACUUUGUGUAGAGAUUUUAUUCAACCUGUAUUCUUCAUGUAUAUGUUAUUUUGUUACACGCUGUAUAUUAUCUCUUCUUUUUAAGAAAGUGUAUUUUUGUUUUAAUUUUAUCAAUAAAAUUUGUUGGCUAUCUAAAUUGGGUUUUUAUUUUACCUUGCCUGUUUAUCUAUGCGGGUAAAUGAUUCACAAUAUGUAUUUCUUUAUCGUGUAUUUAUGAUAUAACACUAAAUUGUUUUAGUGGACAAAUGCUACGUGGUUUUUGACACGGUGAAUGACGAUUAUAAAUACAUGGGCGUGGUAAUUUGGGUCUUAGGGCUCUUUAUAUGUUAGCUAUACUGACGAUUAUUGACGAAAGUGGUACGUUAGGUACUCUUUGAGUGCGAAUCCUUGACCGUUUUUAGGCCAAUUAGGGCGUUUUUCCACCAGAUAUGUGUUAUGUAGCUAUGCUACGAAGAUGUACCUAAUAGCUACAAGGAAGCUGUGAAACUAUGUGACCGUUUCCACCAAUUCGAGUAAGAUGUGCCGCCGCAAAG